UUAUAUUAUUAACAAAAAGCAGUCAAAGAAGCAAAACACUACAAAAUUUCAAUUUGCAUUUCAACCCUUGGCGAAUUUUUCUAAAGCAAAUGACGUGCUAAACCGCUUGAAAAAGAUUUGCCCAAAUGUGGACAUUAAUAAUGGAGUAUAUUGUAUAUCUGCUUCUUCAGUUACAAAACAAAUCGUGUUUAGAACUAUUCUCAAUGGUAAACACUACAGAAAUAAAAAAAAACCAGCUGUUGACUACUUUGACUAAUUUUCCAACAGAAUACGAGUUAUCAUUUGAUGUUAUGCUAACUACAUAUAUAUACAAAUGGGCAAGUAUUAUUCAUUUAACAAAUGGUUCAAAUAUGGGUAACUAUGGAGACAGAACACCAGCAUUAUGGGUAUCGGUUGACAACAAAUUGUACUUUGUAUCAGCUAUUAACGGUACAGCUGAUAGCUACUUUUAUUCAGAUAUAACACUACCAAUCAAUAAGUGGAUAAAAAUUAAAAUAUCACAAAGAAAUAUUAUAAAUCAAUACAUAUUUGUUAUUGAUGUAGCAAAUAGUACAGUUUACUGCACGCAAAACACUGUUCUGACAAAUUUUAAUAAUGUAAGAGUUUACAUGGGUGAUCCAUGGUAUGAUGCACAACCUGGACUUAUUAGAAGUUUUGUAAUUGUAGACCUGCUUUCAGAUAGAAAUAUGCAUAAUAAACCACUUAUCAAAGUUAACAUCGAUGGUCAGCUAACAAAUAGAAAAUCCUUAUUUCUUAAUACUUCAAUUAGUUAUGCAUCCGAAACAGAUCCAACUGCCUGUAACUUAACGCUGGAGUACAUGUUGCCGUACUUUUUGAAGAUAACUUCUCAAAGUGAAAACUAUUCAAAUAAGGGCUUAAUUUAUACAAUUCCUGGCGCAUUUCUGACAAAAAAAAUAUAUCAUUUCAUGAAUAUCACUUUAAACAUGACAAGCUGCUUAUUGUGUGGUGACUUUAUUAUAGAAAUUCCAAUAAAGAUUUCGUUUAACGACUGCGCAGGAUAUACAAUUAACCAAUACGCGUCAUUUAAAACAAGUGUAGAUUCAUCUUUUAAUUCAAAUCCAAUAUUUAAAAGAGAUAAAAACGCUUUAAAAGAAAGCUAUGGCCGAGGUAUUUGUUGGAAUCAAGAAGAAUCUUGGAUAUAUGCUUGUAUGAAUUUAUAUGUAACAAUCGAUAAGACGGCAUGUUAUGUUUCAAAUAACUAUGGCGAGGAAUGGUCAAAACUAGAUAUUCGCGUGGGCUCUGUUCUUGGUCAUCAUUUAUUAACAAGAGAUUUAUAUGUUAUACAUCGAAAUCAAAAAACCUACUUGAUGUAUCACAAAACUUAUGAAAAAUGGUUGGCAGUUCCAAGCAGCGAGUUUGAAAAAAGUAUAUUGAAAAAUUUAAACUUCUCUCUAUGUUUGAAGUUUGAAGAAACUUAUGAUCAAAUUUUAAUACUUCAAACUCAUCAAUGGAUGGGAAACGAAGAAGGAUUAUUUUUCCGAAAUACUGCUUACGGUACAUGGACUCGACGAAUUAAAUGGAAAGAAUUACAAUAAAUAUUCAAAAUGAUUAGUUUAGGCUAGUUUAUUUAAAAAAAAGAUUAUAUAAACUUGUUUCGCACCAUAUAAAACUGCUCCUAGUUGACACCAUUUGUAUUUUUUUUUUAAAGUUUGUUUUAUUGCACUAAAAUAGACGCAAAUAAUUUUUUUUUUUUUUCUUUUUUUUUUUUCUUUUUUUUUUUUGCGGUUAUUUAUUAAAAUUCAAGAUUUAAACACGAUAAAUUGAUUUAAUUAAUUCUGUUUGACAAUGAACUUAUAUUCUUUUAUGAUAUAUUCAAUUUUUUUCCUCCGUACGUUUAACAGUCCGUACUGUUAAACGUACGGAGGAACGUUUAAUUGUUAGACUUUUUUAGUGUGAAAAUUUAACAUUUUUAAAAUAAAAAUAAAUAUUUUAAAA